UCUCCCCCAACCUCGUUUUCUUUGAUGACUUUGUUUACCCGAAUCAGCUGACUCUCUUCUUCCGACGCCAGAAGGAGCCAAAGAUGGGGAGUUUGUUUUCCAAAAAGCCUCAGAGUAAAGUCACGGAGCAGGAUAAGGCUGUGUUGCAAUUGAAAUCAACGAGAGAUAAGAUCCGGCAAUACCAGAAAAGAUCAGAGGCAACCCUAGAGAAGGACAGACAGCUUGCCAAACAGCUCUUGCAAAAUGGGAAGAAAGAUCGGGCCAAGCUUCUGCUGCGGAAGAAACGCUUCAUCGAGGAGCAACUCACUAAGACAGACGGAACGCUUGAAAAUAUUGAAAAGAUGAUCCAGGACAUUGAAUUUGCUCAGAUAGAAAUGAAGGUUGUCGACAGUCUGAAGGUAGGAAAUGAAGCCCUGAAACAGAUCAAUGAAAUGCUCAGUAUUGAAGAUGUGGAGCGCAUCCUUGAUGAAACACAGGAGGCAGCAGAGAAACAGAGGGAAAUUGACGCACUGCUCAGUGGAGGCAUACUGACAGAUGAGGAUGAAUCUGCAGUCGAGGAGGAGCUUGAUGCCCUCAUUGCUGCCGCUGUUGAGAAGCAGCUGCCUGAAGCUCCCUCUGCAGCAGAAAACCCGGAGGUCGAACUUCCCGACGUUCCAGAGACUCUUCCAGAGCCUGCCAAGGAGAAAGUCAAGACCAAGGAAAGGGUUGCCAUGCCUGCCUCAUAAUCCAGUGCCAUAUAUGUCGCAAGGAUUCCGAGGAAUCAGUCUUGGUCUGGGUUUCAAAAAAAGGCUACACGCAUGUGUGGAAAUGUGGGAAUUUGAGAGCCUUCUUCAUCUUUUAAAAGAAUUUCCACCUUUGUCCAGUGUCUACAUAUGUGGAAUGGUUUGGUAUUUGUAACAAACAUCAGAAAUAGAAAGUCAUCAUGGUGCAAUGUUAUAAAGUAAAAAAAAAAAAAAUCAUGAUUCAUAAUACAUGUUGUUCAUUUAGAUAGUUGUGUAAAGGAGAUUUGUACAUGUAUCUUUGAUUAAUGUGAAUUAGUUAUCUCAGUUUUAUUUAUGCUCAGUUUAAAUGUGGUUUCAGUUGACUUUUUAACUUGAUUCCAGUAUCUCAAGGGAAAAGAUAAAGAAAAAUAGUUAACCUAUUAAUUAUGCAUAAUAUUUCUUGAUCUCUGUGUCAUACAUCUACUUCAAUAAUUAAUGCAUUUCUUUGGUAUAAUUAUUCACCAGUACUAUGUUUCUUGUUGUGCAGUUGCACGCUUUAACCCCCCCCCAGCUACAAUUGCAAGAAAUGCACUGAUAUAACCAUUAUGUAACACAGCUUGUAAUGAGAAAGGUGCAGUGAUCAUAUUCAAAUUGAAUGCCUUUUAUACCUCUGUUUAAGGAGAAAAUUUUGCCUUUUUUCUGCCUCAGAAACUAGGUUAAAAAAGAACUAGUUCUAUUAAGUUUAGCAGGCAGGAUGUGAAAUUUAAGAAGCAUGGAUAUUUUAUUAAGUGUUCUUCAAAUUAAAAAGAAUUAACAUGUAUGCUACCAUUAUAUGUCCAUUGUCAAUGGUUGUAUCUAGUCGCCAUAUAUUCAAAACAGAAAAGAAUAUAUAAAUGUACUGAAUGUUUUAUACUUUGCCUUAUUAUGAAACUCUCUCUUGAUAAAUAGAUAUGAUAUAUUUGUAUGAGGUACACAAAAAUAAUAAAAUACUGAAAAAU